AUUUGUUACUGUAUAUUUGCUGGGAGAAAUUGACACACUAAGUACGGGGAUUACGAUCGUUAUCAAGUACAGCAGAGUGCUGUUUUCUUACAUCCGGUCUUAAUUUGUUCUCAUAUCAACAGGUCAACACGGAUACUAAAAUGACAUUGUAUGAUAAUAUAACCGUUGGAUAAGCAGGCAUAUAUAGGCAAAUCGAACAACGAUUUAGUUGUAAUUCGACUCAUUCAAAUUAUGGAUUAAUUCAAGGCUUUGUUAACCAACAAUAUGAAAUAAAUACAAUCUAGGUCACGUACAUGUACAGUAAGUUUGAACUGGUAUUUUUAGUAGUUUGUAUUAAUUUAUUAGUUGUUCACACAUUUUUCAUCAUCAUAAUUGUUUUCCUUUUUUCUGAUCUUUUCAACUGCAGAGUGGAGUCAGUGGAGUAAAGCUACUAGGGCCAACAUGAUCGUUUUUUUUGUUUGUUAUUGGUCUUUUGAUUGUAAAUGAUAUUUCAAGUACUGUGACCAAAUUUUAUUUAUGAAUGUUUUAACAUUGUUGCUGCAGAUCCUCGUCAGCCUAAGAUUUCUUGCGAAAGGGGCAUUCUAUUCUGAACUAGCCGACACCCAUGGCAUCAGUCGCUCGAGCGUGUCCAGAACUGUGCAUAACUUUGUGGAGUCUGUCAACAACAACCUGGACAAUAUUAGGGACAUCUUGAUGCUACAGCAAAUGUAGUUCUUCUGGGCGAUAGUGGAUAUGCCCUGAGCCCCUCCCUACUCACCCCCAUAAUGAAUCCCCGUUCCCAACAGGAAGAGCGGUACAACCGCAGACACAAGAUGGGUCGGGAAGUUGUGGAACGGGGAUUCGGGAUAUUGAAGUCCAGAUUCAGUUCCGUAUCCGCAAACAAUCUUCCGCAUAGAUAGUGUGUCCUACAACGCUAGGAUACCAUGUCUGCCAAAGAGGUCGAGACCGACCUUGAUGCGGGUGUGCUUCACAACUCCGAGUGGGUCAAGAGAUGGGAGGUUGGAGACAUAGCGUUCCACCAGAGCCGCUACGAUUCUCUGUUCGACUCCCAGGGAGAGGCACUUUUCCCAGGUGGGGCAAAGUCGGUGUUUGUGCCUCUGUGCGGGAAAACUCCGGAUAUGAUAUGGAUGUACAAUCAGGGUCAUAGUGUAGUUGGCGUGGAGCUAUCAGAGCAGGCUGUCCAGGAACUUUUCUCGGAGAACAAGCUUGAAGCUCGCGUGCAGCACGUGGAAGGCGUGGGGCCGCUGUACACGAGCACGGAUGGUCGGCUGCAAGUUUACGUAGGAGAUCUGUUUGAUUUGACCAAGGAUCAACUGAGUGAGUUUGACCGGGUCUGGGAUUCCAGGUCACUUGUUGCCAUCAACGUGGUAGAUCAGGAGAGAUAUCGCAAUCUGCUGUUGUCACUUCUGAAGAAAGGCGGAGAGUACUACCUAAAGACAUUGGACUAUGACCCCACCGUCUGGCCAGGUCCGCCACACAACAUCUCCCGUCAGCGGGUCAAUGAACUGUACGGGGAACAUUGCAAUAUUGAGAUACUUGAAGAAACGAAUCGCACUGGACUGAACCCAAACACACCCAGAGUACCACAUUCCGACGUCAAUCCCCCGACUGAUCCAAGCGGCGACGUGGUCCCUCAAGCGAAGCCUAGUUCCGCCGGUGCCGCAUUAAAAAUGUCCUCGUAUCUUUAUGACCGCUGGUAUAAACUAUUAUUGAAAUAGUCAAAUUAGACGAGAAUUCGAAAUUUAAAAAAAUUUAUAAAAGUUAUUAACUUUUACAUGUUUUUGAUAAACCUUCCAUUUAACUUUUUACAUGGACAUUACAUGUACAAGUACAUUAAAACCGAAGUUGAACAUUGACACAGCAUUUAACAGACGGAUAUAAAUGCUUGUACAGAAAAACAAAAUUAUUCGUUUUUGGUAACACGCUUGUCGAUUGUCCCCAUGCAUAUAUGCACAAAAGCGUGAUUUUAUUUACAAUUUAAGUCGUUAUGUAUUAAAAUGUGAAUGAUUGACUGUGUUCUAGUUAAUUUUGUUAUUCGGUUGAAUAAAGUGUAAUAAACCUA